AUGCCCGCAAAACUUUCGACCGUCUGCUACGUUCAUGAGUGUACUGAACGUCUUACUCAGGAGUAUACCGUAAAGGAGGUUAUGGUGGUAGUAAGAUUAGACGAUGUUGACCCGACGAAGGUGGUCUAUCUUAAAGUAAAAAUCUUCAUACCCUCUGACCAGAACAUACCGACACAGAUUGAGGAUUUUGAGAAAGGUGACGUGGUGUUCCUGAGAGGCAAAUUCGUGGCCUGUGCCGGAUGGUACAGCGUUAUGGAUAACCUGGACUUUGAUACAAUGCCCAGCAUUGGUCUGGACAUCAUGAUCAUUGGGAUUACGACGAAAACGGUUCAGAAUGUCGACGGUAAAUCUGUCUUAGACUUUUACGUGGAGGAGAACCUCAGUGAUUGUGAACCCCGUGAUUUUUGGGUUGAAGUCAGUCAUGACCCUAAUGUAAGGUACCUUUCGAACAAGACCAACUCGAUCAAUCAAUCGAUGCGUUCUACUACGGCGAUAAUUAUGGGCACGAUCGUUUAUCAAGCGCCCGUUAUCAAUGAGGUCACUCAAGAAGAAUCAUCCCCCGGUAAACAUGUCAUUAACCUUGAAGACAUCUCGUUGAUCUCCACGAAUCGCAACAGCGCCAAUGCCGCGCAAUCGUUGAACCUCCCAUGGUUGAACGCCCAAGCUAAUGGAAGACACGGUAGUAGAUCGAACCGAAGUCCCAGGGGUGCAACUCCCAGAACCUCACGUAGAGGACGAACUACUCUGUCCCAGAUGAAUCAACCGGCCAGAAAUCAGAAUAUUUCGGCCGCCUUGGAGGCGAACCCAAUACUGACCAUGGCUGAUUCUACAAGUUCCACCAGUCAUAACCCCAUUUCUGAAGAGCAAGCCGAUUAA